AUGUCCCUUUUCGCUCCUCGUCCAGAGGCCGAGCGAGCAUCGGUAUUGCUGCCAACAGUCACCUGUUCAUCUUGCGCAGCGUCUAUACCAUUCUCAUCAUUAGGUGAACACGUUUGUGCUCCUGCUCCUCGCAGCUUAGCCAGUCGAAAUGUCCCACGACCAUCACAAAUAACUAUCCCCCAAUCCCGACCACCAAUGUCUCGUCAACCUUCUUCCCAAGAUCGUGGACCUUCGCCAACAGGAAUUCGACAACCUUUCGCCGGGCCUUCGAGUGUUCGUCCAUCACCCACAGAACUCACCAUCCCUCGAAGGCCAUCAGCUGCUAAUCUUUCUCCACACGACGCACCACCUAGCUCAUACAACCAAUACGGCGCUCCCGUCAAAACUCCUUCACCCACAAAUCCAUUCUUCCCACAUCCAGAUCACUCGCAAGCUGGAAACGUAGUGCACGGCUUAGGGAUGGGAGUUGGUGGGAAUGAAUCAAAUGGGAUGAUAGAUACCACUAGUGGGGGGGAAUCUGGGAUGGCGGGAGUAGGAAGAAGAGCUUUCGCUGCCGCUGCUUGGGGUGUUAGAGCUGGUGUAGCUUUGGCGGCAUCAGCGAAACAACAACUCGAAGCACCUUUACCUUCACCUUCUUUCCAACCCACCACCCCUUGGCCACACGCUCAACCUAUUUCGCAUCCUACCUCUCGAGAACCAACGCUCCUCCCAAGAGUCCCCCUGAGCGGCAGAAUGAACAGCGGACCUUCUCCAACAUUCGGAGCUAGACCAGAACCCCACCACUCACACUCAGAACCUCUAGUCGCCAUGGUGUCCCACUCUCCACCUCGAUCGAAAACGCCUGUAUCUCCUCCCAGAAGAACCACUUCUGCUAUGUCACACCGAUCAAGUCCUUCUUCACCUCCUCGGCGAAAGGAAUCUCUGUCGUCCAACUCUAGCAGUCGAUCAGGUCAGGGUGAACGUAUUUCACAAAUCCUUCGUGCGAGAACGAACACCGCUCCUGUGAAAUCAAAUAAACCUGGAUUUUUCGAUAAAGUGAAAGAACUACACGAGCGAAGUAAUACUGUUUCUCCUGUAUUAGGCCUCGGGAUGUCCAGAAGUUCUUCCGGUGGAAGUGGCAGAGAUCGAUUGGUGUCUAGUCCUCAAACAACAACUUUCGACCUUGAAGACGAUGAGUACGAUGAUCAUCAAUCCGCCUUGCCUUGGGCUACACCUGCAUUAGGUGAACCUACGAAUAUCAAUCGAGAUGGAUCCGAUGAGCCGAAAUAUCAUAGAUACCCAACCGCUGGCAGCGAGGCUUCAAGCAGUUCAUCCAGCUCAAGAUCAGGCCGAUGGGGGGCCAGUGGACCUGAAUCUGAAGAAGUUGUCACACCAUCUCAAAGUUACGAAAUGCUCUCUGAACGAGCUACUGGUUUACCCAAAUCUCACGAUACUGGAAUGCGCUCAUUCGCCGGGGCAAUGGAAGGAAGGGAUAUACUGGGUCAAAUCGGUGAGGAAGAUGAAGAUGAUGAAGGUGAAAGAGUGGUAUUUGGCACGCCUACAGCGAGGAAUAUUAAAGGUGAUAAUUAUUUGCCAAAUUCUCAUUCUACCUCAACUAUCACCUCGGCAAGACCCUAUCUCCCAACAACGGUACCUCAUUCUUCACCCAAUCGAUCGCGAAAUCUAUCCAACGAGGUUUCUCCACUGAAAUCACACUCACACAAAUCUUCCACAUCAUCCUCCAACGACAGUAUGGCAUCUUCAAGUCGACGCAAGAAGAUCUGUGCUAAAUGUGGUGAAUCAGUUGGUGGAUCAAAACGAUUCGUCGAAAGAGAUGGUGUUGUUUUAUGUGAGAAAGAUUGGAAGAAAAUGUAUCUUCCCUCUUGUAGACGGUGUAAUCUACCAAUUGAGAAAUCAGCUGUAUCAAGUUCAGAUGGUCAAUUAAAGGGAAAAUGGCAUAGAGCAUGUUUCACUUGUUCAAAAUGUGAUAAACCAUUUGAGGAUGAUGAUUUUUACGUUCAUGCUGGUAAACCGUUUUGUCAAUAUCACUAUCAUGAGGAGAAUGGUACUCUAUGUGCAUCAGGACAAUGUCAACAACCAAUCGAAGGACCAUGUAUAGUGACUCCUGGACCCGAUCAACAAAGGUUCCAUCCAGGUCACUUGAAAUGUGAUCAUCGAGGUGGAGUUUCAGGUGCUCAGACGUGUAGAGAACCAAUGGACGAAUAUUAUGAUGUGGGAGGUGAAAGGUUCUGUGAAAGACAUGUCGGCGAUGCGACUAGGGUAUUGGAUAAAGCUGGAAGGGCAUUAAGAGCUGAAAAGAGGAGAACGAGACUAGUCGACCUGCCGAUAGGUGGAUUCUGA